UUCGCCAGAUUGCAACCGAGAUCGCAUCGCUCUUAUCGCCGCAGAAAGGUGACUAUCAAUCUGCAGCGGGACAACGACAGGUCCUCUACGAUCCAGAGAAGCCCAAAGAAAUUAAUCUGCCCGAAUUUAUGGACGACGAGUUCAACGAGCUUCGUUCCUUUUGUCGACAAUCGGCUCUACUUCGACCCGGGCUCUUUGCUCCGCGUCGCAUCGCCAGCCGUCGAUCCGUUAAGCUUUGAUCACGUUGUACCGUCCUCCAGACAGACGCGUCAUCACCACCAUCAUCAUCAUCAUCGACAUCAUCAUCAUCAUCAUCAUCAUCACAGAAAGCACCGACGCGUGGUCAGCGAUCCGGGUACGAGAGAUUGGAACGUCAGCAAUCAAGAUACGAAACGACAUCGCAGGAUGUUCAGCUAUGACACUGGUAUCACUGGGCUUAGAUUAAUCGACGAAGCCGAGUUAGCCGAGACCGACAGGCAAGCUCCAUCCCCCGACGAGACGAAAACGUCGACAUUCAGGAAAGUGCCAUGGCAUCCGAACUUGCACAUGCUCAAAAUCAGGAGAACCUAGCACGAUAAAAUGACACGGACAUCUGGGUCGCUAGAAACGAUACGAAAGGAGCGCGAGUUUCAUCGAAAAUAUAAGUAUAAGUUGAUCGAUCGUCUCGUUAUCUUUUCUUUUUACUUUUGCCCUCGUUUUUUUUUUUUUUUUCGAAGGAUUGUUACUAUCGAGGCAUUAUAUUUAUCUUGUAGGGAGUCGGCAACUUUUUGCCAUUUUUUGAUGUAACUAUUUUUAUACCCUCAGUGUCAACUGUGUCAAAUGAUUCGAUCGGCAUUGUUAUGUAUUUUUUAAUCUUCAACGCGUUACAAAAUUAUUCGACCUUUGCGAUAAUGUUGGGAAAAAAAAUUACUUCCUAGUAUGUAAUCGUACGAGUAUCAAAAGCAGAGCAACAAUUAUCCCUAAGAGUGCAGUACCUUUCCCAUUUUACGUGCAAUAUUAUCGUUUGUAAGGACCUACGCGUAGGAAUUUAUUUAUUGUGCAAGUCAUGCAAAUAAGCGCAAUUACUAUUAGCCAUUGAGGUUGCGUUACUCUUUUCUCUUUGAAUCGUUAAACGCGGGGACGCAACGAUGCAGCUCUCUCUUUUUGUGUUUUCUCUCUGUCUUUCCUUCUUCUAUGUUUUUGUGAUUGCCGUUAUAAUCCAAGCAAUGUUUUUGUACAUAUUUAUUUGUCGAUCUUUCUGUGGCAAAUAAGAAUUGUUGAUAUUUACACAGAAAUGUAUUAUGAUGUAUUUAUUGAACUCGCGCGGUACAUCGCAUAGCAGUUUAUAUUUCAGUAGAAAUACAUUCGAAGCGAUAUAUUAUAUUAUUCGUUGACUGCUCAACUCUCACUGGCCGUUCAAUAUUCAUCAGAUUGUAAUAAAGAAAAAAAGAGAAA